AUGCGCUCGGCCGCCAGCCCCGGGCCCUCGUGGGAAGCGCCUCCGGCCGGGAACGGCAGCCAGUGGCGGCUGGCGGCGGGGAGCAGCCCCAGCCCGGCGCCCGGCUCCGCCGCCCCCAACGCCAGCCGCGCGGCCGGCUGGGACCCGUACGGGCGGGACGAGGAGCUGGCCAAGCUGGAGAUCGCCGUGUUGGGGCUGAUCUUCGCGGCGGCGCUGCUGGGCAACGGCCUCGUGCUGCUGGCGCUGCGCCGCACGGCCCGCAAGGCCUCCCGCGUGCACCUCUUCAUCCGCCACCUCAGCCUGGCCGACCUGGCCGUGGCCUUCUUCCAGGUGCUGCCGCAGCUGUGCUGGGAGGUGACCUACCGCUUCCACGGGCCCGACGGGCUGUGCCGCGUGGUGAAGCACCUGCAGGUCUUCGGCAUGUUCGCCUCGGCCUACCUGCUGGUGGCCAUGACGGCCGACCGCUACGUGGCCGUGUGCCACCCGCUGCAGACCCUGCGCCAGCCCGCCCGCCGCCCGCACGCCAUGGUGGCGGCCGCCUGGGCGCUCAGCCUGCUGCUCAGCACGCCGCAGUACUUCAUCUUCUCCCUCAGCGAGGUGGAGCGCGGCUCGCAGGUCUACGACUGCUGGGCGCACUUCGUGCAGCCCUGGGGGCCCCGCGCCUACGUCACCUGGAUCACCGGCGGCAUCUUCGUGGCGCCCGUGCUGGUCCUGGCCACCUGCUACGGCUUCAUCUGCGGCCACCUCUGGCGGAACAUCCGCGGCAAGACCCGCCGGCGCGGGGAAGGGGGCGGCGGGGCCCGCCGCAAGCAGGGGGCAGCGGCUGGGCCCCCCGGCGGCGCCUUCCGCAGGGGGCUUCUGCCCACCCCGUGUGUCAGCAGCGUCAAGACCAUCUCCCGGGCCAAGAUCCGCACCGUCAAGAUGACCUUCGUGAUCGUCUCGGCGUACAUCGUCUGCUGGGCGCCCUUCUUCACCGUCCAGAUGUGGUCCGUCUGGGACCCGCAGUUCUCCUGGAUCGAUUCUGAAAACACUGUCAUUACAGUCACUGCUCUGUUGGCCAGUCUGAACAGUUGUUGCAAUCCCUGGAUCUACAUGUUCUUUAGUGGACACCUCCUGCAAGACUGUUUACAGAGCUUCCCCUGCUGUCAAAAAAUAAAACAAAAGCUGAGUAAAGAAGAUUCUGACAGCGUUAGCAGAAGACAGACUUCUUUUACCAACAACAGAAGCCCAACAAACAGUUUGGACAUGUGGAGGGAUUCACCCAAAUCAUCAAAAUCUACCAAAUUCACCCCCAUUCCAGCCUGA